AUGCUUCUCAAAGAGUAUCGGAUAUGCAUGCCUCUUACGGUUGCUGAAUACAGAAUUGCUCAGUUAUAUAUGAUUCAAAAAAAGUCUCGUGAAGAAAGCACAGGUCGUGGAAGUGGUGUAGAAAUAUUGAAAAACGAACCGUAUGAAGAUGGGCCUGGUGGGAAAGGUCAAUAUACGUUUAAAAUUUAUCAUGUGGGCAGUCAUUUACCAACCUGGAUUCGCAACAUAUUGCCAUCAUCAGCUUUGCGUGUUGAAGAAGAAGCUUGGAAUGCCUAUCCUUAUACCAGAACAAUCUAUAAAGUUCCGUUUGUUGAAAAGCUAGUACUUGAUGUGGAAACUUAUUUCUAUGAUGAUGGUGGAGAACAGGAGGAUGUGUUUAAACUUUCAGUUGAGGAGAAAAAGGCACGCAUCGUUGACUUUAUUGAUAUUGUAAAAGAUCCAAUUACUGGGAACGAUUACAAACCGGAAGAAGAUCCAACUACAUAUGUAUCACAAGCUACUGGUCGUGGUCCAUUAUCUCCUAAUUGGCGUGAGGAAUUUAUGCAUGCUCAAAAUGUAACUCAUGAAGCAUAUGAAAAGCCACCAAGUAAAAAUCAUGACAAUACACCAGUUACUGAAGUUCUAAAACCAUUGCACAAACAUAUUAUGUGUGCGUAUAAACUCUGCCGAGUAGAAUUCCGAUAUUGGGGUACUCAAACACGGGUGGAACAAUUUAUUCAUGAUACUGCACUUCGAAAAACUAUGCUGCGAGCCCACCGACAAGUAUGGGCAUGGCAAGAUGAAUGGUAUGGUCUUACAAUAGACGAGAUACGUCGUUUGGAACAGGAAACAGCUCAAGCACUAGCGACUAAGAUGGCCGAUUCAGAUCACCUUGUAGACACUAAAGACCAAUCAUCCAGUCAAGUUCAGUCAGCUUCAACAAUUACUGAUGUGAAUGCUAAUACUGUUGGGAAAAAAUCUCAGUCUCUUGAAAGCUAUGAACUCAAUUCAGUCACCACUAAUCUAUCUCCGUCAAGAGAAUAUCCUAUUACAUCUGAUUCAGCUGAUAAUGCAGAACAAAAUUUAUGGGCCGAUUUCAAGAAAUUAGAGGCAAACGGUUUCGAACUUGAUGACUUCGAACCGUUUACUACACCAUGUACAGAAUCUGAUGAUGAUGCCAAGUCAUUUGUUACAUGCUGUAGUGACCUUACUGGGAAUACUGAUUAUGCCACCCCAUUAGCUUCAAAUUUUCAAAGUUUUGAUAAUUCGGAAGUAAAAUCUUGUUCUAAUCAAAAACCAGUCUCUGGUCUUCUCCCAACUACGGACAAGCUAAUACUUAUAUUGGUGAUUCAUGGAGGUUGUAUCCUUGAUUCAACAUAUGAUUUAACUACUAAGCGCUCAGAUAUCUUAACUUUUCGGAAGACAAUUGAAAUAGUUACUGCUAAUCAUUAUCCAGCAUUGAGUAAUCGAAUAGCUAUAAAACUUGUACCAUGUCCUACUGAAAUCGGUGAUAUAUUCCAUCUGUUUUCCAAGUUAAAAACUUCGCCAGAUCCUAAUAGACCUGUUGAGACUCAACUGUUACGUGAUCUGAUACCUCUGGGGAGUAUUCCUCUGUUUUUGACCAAUUCACCUGGUUAUCCUCGAAUGUUAGAACAAUUGGCAUUUAAUUUGAAUACUCAUUAUACAGAAUUUCUACGUUCCUCCGAAGGCAUCGGUUUUUCAGGCACUGUUUGUGUAGUAGCCGAUAGCGUUGGUUCAAUAUUAGCUCAUGAUCUUUUGAGUUCACCUCGAAUAGAUCGUUUACCAAUGACAGAUAAUAAUAUUAGUGUAACAGAUAUUGGAGUGAGACGCUGGCGUGAGCCGUUCAGCGUACAUAAAUUGAGACAGGCAGAUAAACAGCUGGAAACCUUGACUUUAAUAAAAAGUCCUAGUGAAGUUACUCUAUGCCCAGUUGAACCUAAAAAAAAUUCAGAGAACACUGUAGUGUUACAUCCUGGUGAUCGGGAACAUGAAUCAGAAUCAUGCAGUCGACGUUUUGCUUUGGACUUCCAGGUACAAAAUUUCUUCAUGUUGGGUUCACCUGUUGGUCUAAUUUUGGCCUAUCGUCAUCAACAAGAUCAGUCGGCAGCCGGUACAUUGAAUUCGUCAACCAACAGUUCACCCAAUAAAGUAUAUUGCUCUUCACAAGAUUUUAAACUGGUCGUAGAUCAAGCUUAUAACUUAUUUCAUUUGACUGAUCCGUGUGGUUUUCGUAUUGAGCCACUACUGGAUAGUCGUUUCAGUCAUGUCUCUCCAGUAUUUAUUCCACAGUAUGUUCGUUAUCCGUUGGGUGACGGGCAGUCAACAAAUCUCGUUGAAACUCUUAUCCAACAAGCUGAACUAUUUUCUUCCAAUCGUUCAGAUAAAUGUUUCGAUUCCGAAGAAAAUGUUAAUACUUCGGUAAAUGAAAAUAGUGAUAGCACUUCAAGUGUUAAGUGCCAACCAACAGACCAUAAAUACAGCUGGGAAAAGAAGUCUCUUGUUGCACUGGAGACCUUGAAGAAAGUACGCCACUCUUGGUGGGGUCCGAAAAGAGUUGAUUAUAGUGUGCAUUGUCCUGAAGCAAUCCAAAAUAUCCUGGCACGCGCACGCCCUCCAAUUUUGCAUGCAAGCUACUGGGAAUCUAAAGAUGUAUCAUCUUUUAUUAUAAGACAGCUGUUGGAAACUUUGGGACUUAGUGUUUUAGAAACUUCAUAUUCCGCAGAUAUGGCUGAUGAAAUUGCAGUUACAGAAUUAGCCAAAGUGUCGUUGAAUCCAGAUCAGAUGAAGUCGCAAGUUUGUGGAAUGUCAGAUGAUUCUAGUACCCAAAUUUCCCAACAAUCAGAGAAAAGUAGUACUCACUCAAAGCUUUCAAAUUUUGGCCAUUCCUUGUCCGUAGGACCUCGCAGUUUUUUGAAACGAACAUCAUCUGAGAGAUUGAAGAACUUUAAACCAAAUCACCGAGCAAAUGAUGUCAUUGCAACAACUGGUUUUUCUGAUGAAAAAAUCCGCGUAGAAAUUCAAUCCCUCAGUGGAUCUUGGGCAUAUAUGUGUACAGAAGUGACUGAUUCCUCUGGAAGACUUCGAUUUUUUCUGCCGGAACAAUUUCAUUUACCUAAUGGAUUUUAUCCCAUAAAAAUGAUACCUGAGUCGGAUCGUGAGCAUCCUGUGCUUAUUACAUUAGCAGUAGUACCCCCUCAAACUGAAGUUGUUGUAUUUAGCGUAGACGGUAGCUUUGCCGCAAGUUUGUCGUUGAUGGGAAAAGACCCAAAGGUUCAUCCUGGUGCUGUUGAUGUCGCACGUCACUGGCAAGGACUAGGAUUUUUGUUGAUCUAUUUGUCUGCUCGACCGGAUAUGCAAAGACGCCGAGUAACUAAUUGGAUGGCAAAUCAUAAUUUCCCCUUUGGAAUGACUUUCUUCUUAAAUGGUCUAUACACAGAUCCAUUAAAGCAAAAGGCGCAAAUGUUAAGAACAAUUGUUGAAAAUGCCAAAUUACGAGUUCAUUGUGGCUAUGGAUCAGGCAAAGAUAUUAAUCUUUAUCGAUCCCUUGGUUUAUCUACGCAUAAUAUCUUUCUGAUCGGUAAAGUGUCUCGGUCUCAGGCGUCACACGGAACCCCGUUAUCACAAGGAUACUCAUCACACUUGUCUUCAUUAAUCAACGGUCAUCCUCUGUGUAGACCCGCUGUUGGAGCUAUGAGUGUACCAGUACGCUGUUGUCCAUUCGAUUUACCUUCUAUUUGUCCGUCUUCACCCUUAUCAAUGAAAUCUGAUUUGUUUCGAAAUAAUUCUGUUAACUUUUCUUCUGUACCAUCAAGCAAACAAUUAUCAUCUGAAACAGAAUAA